GGCACCCAGCGAGCCGGGGUGUGCUCAGCACCUCGCGCCGCAGGAGUGGUUUGGUGCUAAUAACACCCGGCGUAGGGAGGGCCCUGAAACCAAACCCGUGUGUGUACCUGCAUCUCGUUCCACCUCUGCUGCCUACAAACUCUUCCAGAAGCUUUUUCCUGCGUGCGGGGUGCCCGGGCUGGCUGCAGGAGCUGGAGGAGCAUGUGAGCAGAAGGAGAAGCCUGGAGUGGGAUCCCUGCCUGCCCACCCCCGGACUCAACAUUGCUGGGGCCACAUCUUGCAAUGAGAGGAAGAGGAAAAGAUGGUUAAUUCACCAUUGCUAAAAAUGGGAGGCAGCAUCUGUCCAGCAGACCAGGAAGGGAAGCUCCAGACCUUGCUUGUGGGGCAUCCCUGGGAGUGCUGCAGCCGGAGUGACACAGCCCUGUGUCAGUGAGGGGCAGCAUGGCACAGAGGGCCUGGGCCACCAUGCUCUUCCACAGCCACAGGACCCAGCUCCUGCUGGUCAACUCCCUGACGUUUGGCCUGGAGGUCUGCCUGGCUGCAGGGAUCACCUACGUGCCUCCGCUGCUGCUGGAAGUGGGUGUGGAGGAGAAGUUCAUGACCAUGGUUUUAGGGAUAGGACCUGUCCUUGGCUUGGUUUUUGUCCCACUGAUCGGAUCUGCUAGUGACCACUGGCACAGCAGCUAUGGCCGGAGAAGACCUUUCAUCUGGAUGCUGUGCCUGGGUGUCCUGCUGAGCCUCUUUGUGAUCCCACACGCCAGCAGCCUGGCCAGCCUGUUUGCCCUCAACACCCGCCCGCUGGAGAUCACCUUCCUCAUCCUGGGCAUCGGGUUGCUGGAUUUCUGUGGCCAGGUCUGCUUCACUCCACUGGAGGCCCUGCUCUCAGACCUCUUCCAGGAGCCAGACAACUGCCGCCAGGCCUUCUCUGUGUAUGCCUUCAUGAUCAGCUUGGGGGGCUGCAUUGGCUACCUCCUCCCAGCCAUUGACUGGGGUGGCAGCUUCCUGGCCCCCUACCUGGGAGGGCAGGAGACCUGCCUCUUCAGCCUCCUCGCUGUCAUCUUCCUCGGCUGUGUGCUGGCCACGCUCUUUGUGACAGAGGAGGCAGCCACCCAGGCAGAUGUUCUGGAUGGCCCAGUGCUGAAGGACACUCCCCCGAAGCCCUCACCUCCUGCCUGCUGCCUUUGCCAGCUUUCCAGGAGCUCGUGUCUCCUGCAGGCCAGGCACAUGGUGCAGGCCCUGAGGAACCUCUGCACGCUGGUGCCGCGGCUCCACAGCCUCUACUGCCGCAUCCCCAAGGUCAUCCGGCGCCUGUUCGUGGCCGAGCUCUGCAGCUGGAUGGCACUCAUGACUUUCAUGCUGUUCUACACAGACUUUGUUGGGGAAGGGCUGUACCAUGGUGUCCCCAGGGCCAAGCCAGGCACGGAUGCCAGACGUCACUACGAUGAAGGUGUCCGGAUGGGCAGCUUGGGCCUCUUCCUGCAGUGUGUCACUUCCAUCUUCUUCUCGACAAUCAUGGACCGGAUGGUGAAGCAGUUUGGGACACGGGUGGUCUACCUGGCCAGCGUGGUGUUCUUCCCCGUGGCUGCCUUUGUCAUGUGCCUUUCCCACAGUGUCAUCGUUGUCACCAUCUCAGCUGCUCUGACGGGCUUCACCUUCUCUGCACUCCAGAUCCUGCCCUACACGCUGGCAUCUCUGUACCACCAUGAAAAGCAGGUGUUUUUGCAUAAGUACAAGAGCAAAGAGGAGGAAGACGCGGCUCGAUUGGACAAGAAAUCAGCCUUCUCCAAAGGCCUCCUUUCCAGCCAGAAGCUGCCUUACCAGAACGGACAUGCCGGGAUCCUCUUCUCCUCUUCCUCCUCUUCCUCCUCUCCUGCAGCUGCCAGCUCAGCUCUGUGUGUCAGCUCCUCCUGCGACGUCUCCCUCAUGAUGAUGGUGGGAGAACCGGACUCGGUGCCUCCUGGCCGAGGGAUCUGCCUGGACCUGGCUAUUUUGGACAGUGCUUUCCUCCUCUCUCAGGUUGUCCCCUCCCUCUUCAUGGGGUCCAUCGUCCAGUUUACGCAGUCGGUGACUGCCUACAUGGUGUCAGCUGCUGGCUUUGGCCUGGUGGCCAUUUACUUUGCAACCAAAGUUGUCUUUGAUAAGAGUGACAUGGCGAAGUAUUCCGUGUGAUGUGGAAGGCACGAGGGCAGCACACGGGUGCCUGCACGUGGUGAAAUGAGAUGUGUGUGUGUUCACACAGCCACUUGUGGGGAGCCUCGUGUGGCACCUGCUCUCCCCACGCUGUUGCUGUAGCCCUAGGGGGUAGUUCUGGGGCUGGGGGCAGGAGAGGUGCAACAGGGCUAAUCUCAGGUGUAAAUAUGAGGCAUCGGGGCAUUGUGCUUCAGGCCAUCAGUGCUUUCCAAAGCUGCCUUUGUCUAAAGAAAGCACUGCACAGCCAGCACCAAAGGGAGUUAGGGCAGAGAAAGGAAAUGGACUUUUCCUUUAAUAACGGGUCAUGUUUCUGUGUAAUUCUACCUAAACUGAGGAGAGGCAGUGGUUUGGGGAAGGGAGGAAGAAAUAAUAUGCUCUCCUGUUCUCCAGUUAGAGUUUCAUCUUCCCCUGCUGCUUUUACUCAACUGCUAGAGCAAUACUUCUGCAAAUGGGACACUGGGAGAUUCCCUUGGAAAAAGAAAGAGAUGAGUAGCUAAGGUUUGGCCAUGGGGCAAAAGGGGGUGCCCGUGUGUGCACACACACUUCUGUUCUUCCCCACCUCUGUUCUGACCUGGAGAAACCACUUAGGAGAAAAGUUACAAUGUCUUGUUUUGCAAAAACAAGUAAUGUUUCGUUAGGACCAAUUCCAAAAGGUGACUUACCUUUUACCUAUGCACCAAGUUGCAUCAGGUGGAAAGGACUUAUUAACUUUCUUUAAUUUAUUUAAUGAUUGUUUUUAGCUUUCUUCACACAGUUCUCAGUGAGUCUGACCUCUCAGCCCUCGGCUCUCUGGGCUGCUGCCUCUUCCCUAACACAUCUAGGUAUUUUGUCUUUUCCACAGCUGGCCCCUAAAAGGUGCUGUACGCCAACAAGGAGUCAAGGUCCUGGCCCUCAGUCAGCACUUAGACUGGGGAAUGACCCAAACUCUGCCUCUAAAUUGUAGAGGAGGCAUGAACUGAGUGCUGGGAGGCCAGGCUGGGAGUGUGCACAAGAGGCUCACCAGUCCUUAGCUGGUCUAAACAAAGCGUUUGUGAGUAAUUUUCUGUGGAGGUGUGUGGGCAGUGAGAUGCACUGCUGAGGUUCUGCUGAAGGGCAGAAUGUUGCUAUUUUUGCAAGGUCUUGUCAGACUAUUCCUUGGCAUGGAAGCAAGGUUACUCCCCUGCUGUCUGCAGACGGGUCCUGAGAGAAUUUCUCCUAAGCUUUUUAAACAUUUCUUUCCCGUAAAGGGUAACUGUUGUUGUUUUAUUUCUUCUCCAAUUAUAUGCCUACCAGCCUCCAUUUCCCACAACAAGCUUUGUGUGCUGAAAUGCAGCUGUUUUGGGGAUGGAUUUGGCAGCUGCUUAACCACUUCCAUAAACAGCUUUUUGUCUGUACUUCCUACCCUGCUCUCUGUCCACUUCAGGCUUCAGCAGGAAGUGUUUGAGGCAAAACGUUCUUGCCAAAGUUGGUGUGUUUCUUGGAUAAACGCUUCUAGUGAUCAGUUACCUCUGACCCAAGAUUUUUCAAGCACAUUCCUACUUGAGUGCUAAAGAAUCCUUUAUUUUUCCUAGUGUAAAAGUGCUUUUGAUAAUUGAGCCAUUUGUUUAAGUGCCUAGAGAGGGCAUCCACACCAAACUUCAGGCGUAUGGGUUGGAUGAGAAAGGCCUGGAAUGCCUUGAGUGAUCCUUGAGAAAGCAGUAAGCUUGAGGGGGAGGCAGCCUUGUUUUAUAAUGUCCUUUGGUUUGGAAUGUGAAAGAAAAAGAUGCUGCAGUUCUUGAUUCAUAACUUGUAUGUGUCCCUCAAGAGGAAAAGGCUAAAUCCUGCUAGGCUCCCUGAGUGACCUGCUCUCCAUCUGCUGUGGUGGCUUUGGGGCAGUGAUAUCCUGUCUGUAGCUGGUGGACCUGAGUGGGUUUGGGCUCACGGGUUGUGCAGCAGCUGAGCUGGAGGGCUUGGGAUCAGUCAGUGCAGGUUGGGUCUCAGACCUGUUCUCCCAUCCCCUUCGUUGUCCUGGGUCAUGGGCUUGGCACCCAGGUCUCCUUGGUGAGUUUGGUGUCUGCAUCCAGAGGUCUGAUCUCACUGCCCCUAGGAGAGGGCAGGCUGGGUUUGUCCAGUUUCCUCUUAAUUCAGAUGUGCUCUGUGGGAGGUGCUUGCUCUUCAUUUAUGUUCAAAAAAGACCUCCGAGUGACUGGACUUGUGACUCUGCAGCAGCUGCUCUUGCUCUUUGCUGCUGAUCCUAGAUGGGUGCCUGACAUCUGGCUUUGGCCUGACCUGUGGCUGGAUUGGUAACAGAGCUUAUGCUCCACUUCAGCUGGAGAGACAAUCCAGCCUGAACCAGGAACUCCUUAUCCACUUGUCCUCUGGCUGUGCUGCUUUUUUGUUCAGCCAUUUCAGCAAGUAUGAGAAGAUCUACUUGAUUUCUCUCCUUCCUCUGCACCCUUCUUCCCAUGUCUCCCAUCUGGAGUGAAAGCCAGUGAACUCAGGAAUUGCUCCUUUCCUUCUUACCCUCUUGUUCCAUCGGGAGAAAUCUGCUGGGCCAUGUGCCAGCUCCCAACAGAGUGGGCAGAUGGGUACAGGAAGGAGAGUUUGCCAAGACCCAACUGUCUUCACUAAACCUGUCCCCGUGGGAGUUCGGCCCCAAACAGAUGUGGCUGAUGGCCCUGAGAGUGGGGCUGUGUGCAGGAGAGGAGGGGUGCAGGAGUGGGUGGGUGGUGGGCAGCUGGAGGACAAGGAGCAGCUUUCUGUGUGGAGGACAAAAAGGCAGCAGUUUUGGGGAACAGGGAGAGGGAGCAGGAGGGAGAGGGGGUUGAGGGUUUGCAGUGAUGUGAGGGGCUGGAGCUGGGCUGGUGGGACCGUGCCCCUUGCUGUGGCCUUGCCCUGUCUAUAGACCACUUCAGAACCCUUCCUGCUCAGGUGGAGGUGGGCACACCCCUCCCACGCUGCUACAGAUCCAACCUGUGUGGAACCUCCCCAGGACUCGAUGGCUGCACCACGUGCAGGUCUCAGUACCAGCUCUCCCAAGGGUGACCAUGGGUGAUCUCUUCCAGGUGCCCUCCUGCUUUCUUCUCACGGGUGAAUCACACCGUGCCUGUCCUUUCCUUUCGUGCGCUGGGGCUUUGGGAGCUGAGGGGGGGAGAAGGGAGAAGGUGGUUCUGGUACCAGGCUGGUGUGAACCUCCAGGUUCAAGGAAGGAUGUGUGGAUGCUUGUGUUUCUUCGGAUACCGUGUGCUGUCUGCGAGAUGUUCGUGGUCUAUUUAUUCGCUAGAGUAAAUAUUUUGUAUACGAUUUCAGAGGAAGGCUAUUCUAAAUUUAUAUGGGCGAGGAAGAAAUAAAAGGUGUUUGAGCGGG